AUGAACCCCCCAAAUACCAACCUCCGCGCCUUCAACCUCGCUGUUCAGACCCUCCUAUCAACGCCCUCCCAGUUCCUCCCACACCUCACAGUCCCUACAUUCACCCAUCUCCCCGAGGCCAUUGGACCCCUACUGGAAGCCCAGUACCCACAAGUAUCUCCAAGCGCGGCCCAACAAAAUGAAAAAGAUCAUCCCCCACCAAAGGGCAUAGCAAUCCGCGCCCUAAUCCUCGACAAGGACAACACACUGUGCCCCGCAAAGACAACUUCCUUCCCAUCAAAGAUCUACGCACAUCUACACUCACUCCGCAACUCACCAACAUCGCCGUUCAAUAUUUCGUCUGCGCCAAACUCCAUCCUCAUCGUGUCGAACCGCGCUGGCUCGCAUCCGCGCUACGAACCCGAGGCGCUCGAGAUCGAAGAACGGCUUGCCGGUCUUAAGAUUCCUGUCUUUCGAUUACCGCCGGGGACGGAGGACGGGGUCGCUGUUGAGAAGAAGCCGUUUUGCGGGCCGGAGGUGCUGGAGUGGUUCCGUGAGCGUGGGGUUGUGCAGCGUGCUGAUGAGAUUGCGGUUGUUGGGGAUCGGUUGGGGACUGAUGUGCUCAUGGCUAAGGAGAUGGGUGCGUGGAGUAUUUGGUGCCGGGAUGGAGUUGGGGAGGACGUGACCAAGGGCCAGAGGAAUGUGCUUGAGAAGAUGGAAGUUUGGGUGGAGCGGUAUUUGAGGGAGUCGAGGGGUUUGAAGGCACCGGCGCCUGGUGAUUUCAAGUCGAGGAGUGAUUGA